AAAAGGAUUGUGGGGGGGAGAGAAUGGGCUAUAGGGAUUGGGGAGGGGGAGGAAUCUGGGCUGGGCCCCAGGGACCGGCUGGGCAAUGAGCCGGGGAAGCAGCCGGGAGGCUAAAUGAGGGAGAUUAUCACCCAACUGCAGCCGGGCAGGGAGAGAGCAGAGAGGAGGCAGGGAAGCGGAGAGAGGGGGGGAGAAUGGGAAUGGGGGGCUACAGGGGAAAAUGGGGAGCAAUCAGGGGUGAAGAAUUAAGAAGACAGGGGCUUGGGGAGGGUGGUUUUAGAGCAGCAGCAGGGUGUGGUGGCAAAUGAGGUAAAUAAGCAAAAGGGAUGGGGAGUUUAGGAUAUGGGGCCAUUUCUGUGGAGACAGGUGAUGGGAACACUGGUUGGUGGUGCAGAGGUUGUUGAGGGGUGGACGGGAACUGUUCACAAUUGCUUUGUGUUUUAAGGCUCUGGGAGCUGUCCCUUGGUGGUGUCAAGUCAUCUACCACAGAACCCCCAUUUCAAACAUGAUGAUACCCCUUUUUCCAUCUGCAUGUGGAAUUUUACAGCCACAUUACUGUCUGAGCUUUUCCUGCUUUCCCCCCUUAGGGGGAAAAGGAGGGGUGACGUGGGAUUUACUAUGCAUGCCCAUGGGGAGCAGGAAAGAGAGGACCUAAGGUUUUGGAAAGACGGUAAAUCUGGGGAAGGAGUUAAGGGCAUAUAGGUAAUUGGGAAUUUACAUAUGGGAGACUGGGAGUUUAAGCUUGAGAAUGGGGAGAGGUGGCCAGGCCCCUCAUUUCCUUGGCAAAGACCCAGACUGAAGUAACCUUAAAAAAGCAAUUAAAUCACCUUUAAAAAAACCCAGUAAAGAAAAAUCAAUACUGGGAGAAAGGGGAGGAGAAGGAGAGAAAAGGGUAGAGGAGGAUGGUGGGGGGUGGGGGGUGGAAGGGAGGGGAAGCAUGGACUGGAGACUGGAAAAGAGGGGGAGUUUAGGACUAGAGAAAGUCGGGGCAUUGCUGGGGGCAGGAAGAAAGAAAAAAAGGGGGAGGUUGCCCCAUCCUGCGGUCACCUUAGCAACAUUUGCAUUUUCCACAACACAUCACUUCCAGCUCUCGGAGGUCCCCAGGACGGACUCCUCCUCUCAAAACCCCACAAUCAGCUUUCAGUUGGAAGUUGAAGCCCAUGGAUCUCGAGGAUCCCAUCCACAGGGAUCCUACAAGAAGAUCAUUUUAGGGAGCCAGGCACCCGUGUCCCCAGCUUCCUCCUGGGAACACUGCUGCAGAUCAGCUCUUUGGGCCCUAAGUCUCCCUCCCGAAACGGUCAGGCGGGCUACGUCUGACCAGGAGUUGGGGUCAGAGGGAUUGAGGGUAUGCUUGGGGAGGGCCCUGACGCCUCCGGGGAGGGCAGGAGAGCGCCAGGUAGGACUGGAACUGAGCUGGCGUGGAACACGGGCCAUUUCUCCGACAGGGACCCCCGGGGAGACAUUCUCCUCUCUCCCGGUAGGGCUAAAGCCGGGGUUGAAUGCCCCCGCCCCUGGAAUGCCCCGGCGGGUGUCGAUGGGCAGCUCUGGUGCAUGGGAGGAGGGAGGGGGUGGCGGCAGGCGGGCUUUGGGCUCUAAUCCCCAGCAGCUGCCGUUUCCCUCAGAUCGAUUCCCUUCGCACUUUUUUUUUUCUGCUGCUGGUUCCGCGGCGCUGGAUCGAUGGAGCGGCCUCCCCCCCGCCCCUCCGUGCUUCCUCUCCCUGCUGCUCAUUAGCGCUCCGAUUAAUCAGCCCCCCCCCUUUCCCCCGGGACAUGUGCUCCCUCCCCUCUGAAAGCACUUGCUCCCACACACUGCUCCUCCUUACCCCCGCCCGACAUCCCCUCCCCAAAAAGCGCAUCCCGUUCCUCUCCGGCCACCCCCCGUCCCUGGAGGGCACGUGCUAAUGCUCCCAGGCCAGCCCACAUGCUUCUCCCUGCCACAACUCCCAGCGUGUCUCCCUCACCCCACCUCAGGACAGCCAGCUCAUCCCAUCGGGUGUUCCCCUGCUAGGCUCAGGGCCACGGCAGCUCUAAGCCUGGCCAUGUCACCGAUGCAAGUAUCCUCCCUCCCCCCAGCCUGGCAUGGAUGAUUUUUUUUAGACCUCAAGAUGCUGUGGUAGUCCCUGAGUGCUUCCACACUUGGGAAGGCAGCACCCUCUCCUCCUCCCCCCACGAUCUUAAAAAGCAUUUUCAUCUUUCUUGCUUCAAUCCCACCCCCAGUUACACUCAAUCUCUCCCCAGAAGUUUCUCCUCACUUCCCCAAGGGAGGCCCAUCAAACACGCCCUCCUCCACACCCACACUCCCUCAUCCAGGUGGGACACCCUGCCUACCUCGCUUUCGCUCUCUACCUGAGCCGAGAGCACUCUCACCAGCCUUGCCAUGCCAUCUGGGGAGGCAAGGGAGCCGCAGCUGCUGCCAGUCAGCCGGGAGGACCCCCUCUGCUGCUGCUGCCUGGGAGGGUCUGGGAACUUGGGGAGCGAGGGGAGGGUCGGAGCCUGGAAGGAGACCCGGCUCCUCCUGGGGCAAAGCUCUGCAGCCAGAACCUGGAGGGAGCCUUAGGGAGGCGAACAGGAGCUAGUGCGGGAUUCCCUACCCUCUUUUCCUCCUCUCAAGUUCACGAGCUAUUCAAACAAGUGGCUCAGGUAGAGCAGCUUGGCGAGCUGAGAAUGGGGCAGCUGGGUCAGAUACAAGGCCGGGGGUGGUAGUGGGAGCAGCGGGGAUGGCAGGGGUCCCCCCGCGGGCCUGGGUGGGGCCUUGGGGGUGGUGCUCAUCCGUGAACCAGCGCGGGGGCCGCCCAGGGGCACGGCCUCGGGCCCAGCAGGGAAUAAAGGGAGCAGGGCAGAGCUGGGAUUCUGUCAUGUGAUUGGGUGUGGGGGUGGGUAGGGCGCGAAGAGAGUUUGGGGGUCGCGCCUGAGGUGGGGGGCGGAGCGGGACGCCCCGGCCCCGGGCCGGGGUCCGCUCCCGCCCCUGGCACUCCCCUCCCCUGGCCCGGCUCCUGCUGUCCGCCCGCCCGCCGGUGAAACGCUGUUGACAUGUCCUGAAUUAUUAAGCGCGGGGUGGGCUUCGGAGCACAUGCUGAGCGGCGCGGGCUGAGCGGCGUGGCGGAGCGAGCGCUCGCAGGGACACACGCAGGGGCUGACAGCUGUGCUGCUGCUGAUAAGCGAAGCCACAAGGAGACGAUCGAGGAGAGAGACAAGCGGCGGCGGCAGCCAGGGCUGCGGAGCUGCUGGGAGUGUGAGCAGCUCCCCUCCCUCCGCCCCCUCCCCCUCCUCGGCUGGAGUUUGGAGGAGCGGCUGCUGUCACCAACCACUUGGGGAGAGGAGCCCGGGCUGCCAGGCGGGGAGGGGACAGCGGGCAGGGACGCUCCGGCCGCCGGGUCCGAGCAGCCAGGGACAGAUGCCUAUCGAGAUAGUGUGCAAAAUCAAAUUUUCCGAGGAGGAUGCCAAACCGAAGGAGAAGGAAGAGGGGGACGAGCAGAGCCUGCUGGGGGCAGCGUGCCAGGGGGCGCCCCCGAGGGACCUGGCCACCUUUGCCAGCUCCAGCACCCUGCACGGCUUGGGGCACGCCUGUGGCCGGGGACCUCGAGGGCUGCGCAGGAGCCUGUGGGCACUGGCCCUUCUGGCCUCCCUGGCCGCCUUCCUUUACCAGGCGGUGGGCCUGGCCCGCAGCUACCUGGCUCGGCCUCACCUGGUCUCCCUGGACCCAGCCGGGGUAGCCCCCGUCCUGGGCUUCCCGGCCGUCACCCUUUGCAACAUCAACCGCUUCCGCCACUCUGCUCUCAGCGACGCUGACAUCUUCCACCUGGCCAACUUGACGGGGCUGCCCCCUAAGGACAGAGACGGACACCGGGCGGCCGGCCUUCGGUACCCCGAGCCGGACAUGGUGGACAUCCUGAACCGCACUGGCCACCAGCUGGCCGACAUGCUCAAGAGCUGCAACUUCAGUGGCCACCACUGCUCCGCCAGCAACUUCUCUGUGGUAUAUACUCGGUAUGGAAAGUGCUACACCUUUAAUGCUGACCCCCAGAGUCCUCGGCCCAGCAGGGCAGGGGGCAUGGGCAGCGGUUUGGAGAUCAUGCUGGAUAUUCAGCAGGAAGAAUACCUGCCCAUCUGGAGAGAGACCAAUGAGACGUCCUUCGAGGCUGGCAUCCGGGUUCAGAUCCACAGCCAGGAGGAGCCGCCGUACAUCCACCAGCUAGGGUUUGGGGUGUCUCCGGGCUUCCAGACAUUUGUGUCCUGCCAGGAGCAGCGGCUGACCUACCUGCCCCAGCCCUGGGGUAACUGCAGGGCUAAGAGUGAGGGAGGGGAGCCAGAACUCCAGGGCUAUGCGUCCUACAGUGUCUCAGCCUGCAGGCUGCGCUGUGAGAAGGAGGCUGUGCUGGCUCGCUGCCACUGCAGAAUGGUUCACAUGCCAGGCAACGAGACCAUCUGCUCCCCCAACAUCUACAUUGAGUGUGCAGACCACACUUUAGACUCUCUGGGUGGGGGAUCAGGAGGCCGCUGUGCUUGCCCCCUGCCUUGCAACCUGACGCGCUACGGGAAGGAGAUCUCCAUGGUUCGGAUCCCCAACCGGAGCUCGGCCCGAUACCUGGCCAGGAAGUACAACCGAAACGAGACCUACAUACGAGAGAACUUCCUGGUCUUGGACGUUUUCUUUGAAGCCCUGACCUCGGAGUCGGUGGAGCAGAGAGCGGUCUAUGGGCUGUCCUCCCUGCUGGGUGAUAUUGGAGGUCAAAUGGGGCUCUUCAUCGGGGCCAGCCUCCUCACCUUUCUAGAAAUCCUUGAUUACAUCUAUGAGGUGUCCUGGGACCGGCUGAAGAGGACGUGGCGCCGGCCCAAACCGCCCCUCAGGACCUCCGCAGGAGGCAUUUCCACCUUAGGGCUGCAGGAGCUGAAGGACCAGAGUCCGUGUCCGGGCCGAGGCUGUGCUGAGGGUGGGGGGGCCAGCAGUCUGCUCCCCAACCACCACCACCCUCACGGCCCUCCUGGGGGCCUUUUUGAAGACUUCGCUUGCUAGGAAGGUGCUCUCAGAGGAGGGAGACAAGCGUCUGGACUCCUGCACGGCUCCCUGGGUGGAGCCAGGGACUCCCUUCCGAAGCCUGCUCCUUCCCCCUUGGGGCAGAAUACUGUGACUCCCAGGACUGAGAGGCCCACUGGGAGGCUCCCAGGGAGUGGCAGGGAAAUCAGCUGCUACCCCUCACCUCUCCAGGAGCUAAGUCCGGGCCAUCAGCGUCUUUCUCUUCUCUCUCCCCACUUCCCCUCGAAUCCUCACUCCCAGGAGCCCAGACUACUCCACCCCCGCCUCGGGCCCAGCCGAGGGCAGGAGGGUCAGGACUGGUUCAGGACCAGGGUAGGGAGUGUCCCUUGGCAAGGGCAGGGGGUAUGUACUCUUCCUUGCAGAAUAAAAAAGCAAAACAAACCCCUCUGUAUAUUUGUAAAUAGCUGGGAGGGAGGGUGGGGGUGAAAUAGGGAUGGGAGAGGGCCAGCAGUGAUCCCAGAAAGGUGUUUGGGCUUAGAGAGUGGGAGCCUUGAGACUAAGUAAGUAUGUGGGAGAGAGAGGGGAUGAAGGGCUUCUGGGCUGGCCCUAGUUCAGGCCUCUUGGCACAGCCCCAUCCUCUGUUAGGGUAAAUGGGAAUGGCCCCAGCUGGCCUGGUCUGCCCCCCAAAUGCACCCUCUGCCCAGCUCCCGGUCCUUCCCUUCUUAAGGCCACCUUUUCCCUUAACCUCCAUUCCUGCUUCCUUUCAAAAGACCCUAAUGAAUCUCUGGGCGGGAGGCCUGUCAGACCUGGCUAAGCUUGGUUGGGGGGGUGGGGGUGGGUAAGGGUAGGAGGAGAGUACUUUCCAGGACCCUCUACCAGGGCUCCUUCCCCUGCUCCCAGCCUUGGGUCUGAGUUUCUAAAUCUGUGAAACAAAUGGAAAUAAAAAGUCACAAACUA